GCGCCCCGUGGCGCGCCCCCUGGGCGCCCGCGCCCUCUCCCCGCGCAUGCAGCUGAACCCGCGGGAGGCGCUGGCCCUUGCAUCUUGGUCGUGCGUCCUCAUUAUACGUUGUUGACUGUGCGCCGCCCCCAGGUGCUGGUGUGCCUCGACUGCUCUGGCGUCCACCGCAGCCUCGGGUGCCACAUCUCCGCCGUGAGGUCUGUCACACUGGACAGCUGGCAGCCGAAGUGGGCGGACACCGUGCGGGCCAUCGGCAACCGCAGGGCCAACGCCUUCUACGAGCGCAGGGUGCCCCCGAAGUACCAGCAGCUCUACAGCAGGCGCGGCGCCUCCCGGGCGGACCGAGACCGGUAUGUGCGGCUCAAGUACGUGCGGCUCCGCUUCGCACCCGGGCCCACGGCGUCGGCGCCCCACGAGCUGCUGUCGCAGGGCAGGGCGCUCCCCGAGGGCCCGGAGGGCUACGACGAGCCAGAGGCACACCUUCGCCGCCGACGUGCCUCCGCCAGCGGCCCCGCCGGAGGCGCGGCCCUUCGGCCCGCCCGGCGCCAAGAGCCAGGACGGGGGCCCUCCGCCACGGCGCAGCUGGGCGAGGCCGCCGCCGCCGCGUGGGACAAGGUCCCCAGCCAGUCGGAGGUCGCGAAGAGGCUGCAGAGCGCCGGCCAGAAGCUCGCCGGCAAGGCCGAGAAGGCGAAGCAGAGCACCGUGGCCGCGACCGCGCUCGCGGCCGCGAGUUUACAGGAGGCCGUGUCCGCCGUCGCCAGCGCCGCCGAGCCCGAGCCCGACGAGGGCAGCGCCGCCAGCGCGGCCUCGGCCCCGGCACGCCCGGCGUCCGCCAGCCGCGGGGAGCCAGGCACGAAUUUCCUGUUCACUGGCUCCAGGUGGAAGUCGCAGCUCAAGGGAUUCGCGCAGAACGCCCACGCGGGCCUGCAGAGCAGCCUCACGGCCGCCGCGCGCACAUCGCAGAAGGCGGCCGCGGGCACGUCGGACCUGCUGCAGGAGGUGGGCAGCCUCGUGAGCCAGGUCAGGCAGGACAUCUGGGACGGCGCCCCGCCGUCGGGCCCCGGCGCCGCGGGCAGCCAGCCAGUGCCCCAGGCGGCCAGCCGCCCCUUCGCCCCGCCCGACCGAAGGCCGCCUGCCCAGACGCCAGAGGGGCCGGCGUCGCAGGAGCCGCCGCUGCUGCAGCUGCUCAAGGAGGGCCAGUCUCAGUGGGCCCAGCCGCCGCCGCAGGAGCCGCCGCUGCUCCCGCAGCAGCCGCGGCCCAGGGACACUGCUGGCGAAGGCGCGGCGGCUGUCGAGGACUCGGCAGCCCCGGCAGGGCCGGCCUCAGUGACGCCCGCUGUGGCCGCACCCGCCGCGGCAGAGCCGGUCGCAGCGGCGGUGCCUGCCGCGGCCUCGCCAGCUGCAGGGGUGCGCGCCGUGCACGAGCCAGUUGCAGCACCGGCCGCGAGCGCCGUGGCGUCGUCCGCCAUCGCGGCACCCGUCGCGGAGCAGGCGUCCGAGGAGGCCCCGCCAUCGCCGGCCGUGGCAGCGCAAGUCGCUGCGCCUGCGCCAGCAGCUGCACCAGCAGUGGCGCUGGCGGGUGCGGAGGCUGUCGCGGCACCCGUCGCGGAGCCGGCGCAGGAGGAGGCUCCGCCAUCGCCGGCCGUGGCAGCGCAAGUCCCUGCGCCGGCGCCAGCAGCUGCGCCAGCAGCUGCGCCAGCAGCUGUUCCAGCCGUGGCGCUGGCGAGUGCGGAGGAAUCGCCGCCUGCGGGAGCUGCGGUCGCCGCGCCCUUGGCAGCGGCGGCGGCACCCUCGGCGCUGCCGGCCGCCGCGCCGGCGGCCCUGGGGUCCUCGGAAGCGCCCGCUGGAGCUGAGCUCGCCGCGUCGUCGCCAGCCGAGGUUGCAGCAGCGCUUGCCGAGGCCAAGGCCUCGGCGCCAGGUGAGGCGCCAGCAGCGGCGGCUACAGAGGCUGCGUCUCUGGCGGCUGCUUCCUCGAAGGAAUCGCAGAGCCUCCUGGACUGACGCGCCACAACCCCGCGGGCGCCGCCGCCGCCGCGGCGGCGCGCGCGCGCCUGCGCGCCCGGAA